AUGGAUGAUGUUGAAGGUUAUGAAAUCAAUCGUCAAACACAACUCCAUACGAAGCAGACAUUAUUGGACACUGACGUGUUUAUUGAAAUUCUUUCAAGAACAUCAUUAAAGACAUUUCAUAUCAUACGUUGUACAAGUAAACAUCUUGAAAAACUAACGUACAACAGCCAUGUUCUUGAUCUUUUCAAGGGGAAAAAGAAUGUGCUUCAUGGAGUUAUUGUUCAACAAAAGAAAGUUUGGGGAUCGAUAGAACGUAAGUUUGUUUCGUCUUGUAGUUCGAUUAACUUUGACAUUGGUUGUAUACCAAAUUCGUGUACAAUCUUAGCAGCUUCAUUGAACGGACUCAUUUUUGGUGAAUGUGAUUGUCCGGAUGAAUAUCCGGAAAAGUUUUUAUUUAUUUGUAAACCGACGACAUUAGAUUGCAAAACAUUACCAUUUCCGAUAUAUAAGUACAUUGUGGUCAAGUUUGCUAUGGUGGUUAUGCGUUCGAACCCGUUGCAUUUCAAGAUAAUUCGUUUAUCAUAUGCAGAGUCAGAUGACGUGACAAACGAUCAUGACUAUGAAAACUUUCGACUAGAAUUAUUUCAGUCCACUACAUGGGAAUGGAGGGACCUUGGUAAUAUUCAGUUACCAUAUUCUGUUCAUCCGGUAUCGGACGAAGCAAUCAUAAGUAAAGGUGUAGUUUGCAUCUUAUUGUCAAACUAUCAAAUUUUGCAGUUUGGUGCAUAUUCUGAAGAAUAUGUAAUCAUAUUCUCACCUUCUACAAAUAUAAAUUACAUGUCGUAUACAUCGAGGCUAAUAAAAUUUGAAGGAAAGUUGGGAUUUUUUUGUCUGAAUGGAGAUCGUAUGUGGGGUAUUUGGGUUCUCAUUCGUAAUCAGUGGGUUGAAGUUGAUGUUAUUAGCAUCAAUGCAGAUGCACAUGAAUGGUGGGAUUAUCGAAACAAUGAACUUUCUUUUUUUACAGGAAAAAGAAUUGAGUGUGUUGUUCCGGUUCAUCGUUGUCAUGAAGUCUUUUCAUUUUGUUCGGAUUAUGAGACGAUAACUAUGCCAAGAAGAUUUAUUUGA